CAAGGGCGUCACGUCUUAGGGGCUAGAGAGGGCGCUAGCCCCCCCACUUUUUUAGGGCGUGGCUUGCUAUAUUUUGAGUCAAUUCUAUUUUCAACGUUAAUUAAACAGAAGUGUAGCUUGUCUUUAGCUAAAUUAGCUGAUUCAGCAUAGAUGUAGUACUGCUAUGAAGGACUGCCUGGAAAUCGAGGCUAAAGCACCCGGAUACGGAAAAUGUCAGCGGGAGACAGCUGUCACAGCAGCAGCUCUGUCAGCCUCAGCAGCGACAAGAACACAAAGCGGAAAGGACAGAAACUCCUUACCACCUUUCUAAGAUCAAGAACUUCCCUGCAGCCAGAGUCGUCUCACUCCAAGUCUUUGUCAUCUUUUUGUACGUCAAGGUUCGACGAUACAGCUAGUUCUAUCGUGACUGUGACUGUCUCUACUAGUACUACUGCUAGUGAAUCUGGCCCGAAAGAUUCUGUGUGUCAUGCGUUUGAUCCUUGCCGAGGUCCAACUGCUUGUUCUGUGACCAAUGGCCCGUAUCAACCUUGUGCAAAAGAACUGCCGCAUGGGAAAUUUCCUCAGACGAAAUCUGGCACUUGUAAUAGGUCCUUUCAACCACACUGGUACACACAAUUUUGCUGGCUUGAGUACAGCCCUGCAGCGGAUUCCGCGUUCUGCUUUCCUUGUCGGCUGACAGUAAAGCAUAACCUGGAUAAACAAGGUUGUCCAGACCAAGCGUUCGUGAGUAGAGGUUUCAGGAAGUGGAAGUCAGCAGUAGCUGACAUGAGGCGUCACGAGGAAUCUUUGAGUCAUAUUUCAAAUGUUGGAGUGUGGAAGAAUAGCCAACAGCAGGAUGCAACCAGAGGAAGUGUUAUGCAACAGUUGAGUACAGCCUACCAGACACAAGUAGAGCUGAACAGACGCAAUUUACGUAAAAUUUUUGAAGUAAUUUUUUUAAUGGGAAGACAAAACAUCCCAUUGAGAGGCCACGAUGAAUCUAAAGAUUCUCACAACAGAGGAAAUCUGCUGGAAUUUCUUGAAUAUCUGUCACGGUACUGCCCUGACUUAAAACGCCAUUUGGAAGGAAACUUUCACUACGUAAGCCCCAAAAGCCAAAACGACAUGUUGAAACUCAUUGCAUCUAACAUUCAGAAGAGAAUUACGACAGCUGUCAAACACUGCGGCUUCUUUGGACUAAUAUGUGACGAGUCACAAGACAUAUCAAGGGUAGAACAAAUGUCUGUCAAUGUAAGGUUUGUAACAGACAGCCUGAAUGUAGAGGAGAGGUUUCUUGGAUUUUGGCCUUUAAAAGGUACUGACGGAGAAAGUCUGUUUCAGCAACUGACGCAAGUUUUGCUUGAGACGGGCCUAUCAAUGUCUAUGGUACGGGCACAGUGUUAUGAUGGAGCGUCAAGCAUGUGCGGGAAGCACUCAGGUUUAGCUACCAGGCUUCAGGAGGUCGAGAAGAAAGCUGGAUAUGUGCAUUGCCAUGCCCACAGAUUGAACCUCAGUCUUCAAAACAGCUGCGAGAACGUUACAGAUGUGCGAAACGUUCUAGGUGCUGUUUCCAGUCUCUAUAAUUUACUUGAAGGAUCAGCCAAGAGACAUGAAAAGUUUCAAGAUGUGCAACGAAGACAGAACGAAGGAAAGGGCCCGCAAGCAGUACUCCAACGACCAUGUCAUACUAGGUGGGGUUCCAGGCACGCAGCAGUCCAUACUGUUAGGCAACAGUUUGCAUCAAUUCUGAUUGCUCUGGACGAACUCUCUGACGAUGCUGCGAUCGGAAGUGAAGCUCACUGUUUACUGACUGUUGUAUCUUCAUUCAAUUUUCUCUUCUAUGUGUCCGUUCUAGACACUCUACUAGGAUUAAUCUCUCAUCUAUCCCAGUACCUGCAGGGAGAGAACGUAGAUCUUCAGGCAGCAAAAAGAUCAGCUGAUAGCGUCAUUGCUACUCUACAAAGUUUCAGAACAAAUGAAAGUUUUGAGAAUUUCUGGCAGUCAUCGGAGAAAGAGAGUAAAGCAAAAAACCUGACUCCACCAGCUCUCCUUCGAGCUCGUCGACCUUCUCACCGAAUUGACGAACGAAGCACGACCCAAUAUCAGCCACUGUCACCAAAAGAACGUUAUCGACAAGCAUAUUAUGAAUUAUUGGAUAUCAUGGUAUCAGACCUAACUCGACGCUUUUGUAGCAAAGAUUACCGUGUGUUCUGUGGAAUUGAGAAGUUGUUGUCCGAGUCAGUCUCGUUAUCGGCGCCAGAUCAGUCGCUUGUGAGUGAGAUAUUACACUUUUACACAGGUGACUUUGACAACACUCAGUUCACGUCUGAAAUAAGAGUAUUUUACAAUUAUUCUAAACUGCACUUUUCUAAAGACGUUGUGGAGACCGGUAACAUAGGUGCUCUUGCUCGUCAGUUUGUUUCUCUCCGUUGCACAGAAUUGUUUCCCCAAGUCUUCAAACUGUUCAAGUUGUUUCUCUGCAUUCCUGCUACAUCUUCAACUGCAGAGCGGUCGUUUUCUGCUCUAAGGCGACUAAAAUCAUGGCUGCGAACUAGGAUGGCUGACGAGCGCCUCCGGUCCCUUGCUCUGAUGUGCUUCGAAUGCGACAUUGCUAAGGAACUGGAGAGUAAUAUUGAUGAUCUUGUUUCACAAUUUGGUGCUCUUUGUGACAGACGUCUUCCUCUACAAUAGUUAGUAAACUUUUUGUAAUGUUGAUAUUAAAAAGAAUUUAAUAUAUAUGACGCCAUGAAUUACGUCACAUAUCUCAGCUUCAAAUUUGCGCCCCCCCACUUUUGGGACCCAUGUGACGCCCUUGGUGUACUGUAGUAUACUGUAUGUAGUAUACCGUCAUUUGGUG